AUGUGGCAAACUGGGCCCUCUUGGUUGACUUCACCUGAGCAAGCUUGGCCCAGGUCCUUACAACCAGAUAUAACUAUCCCCGAGCUCAAAUCUCCUUCGAAUGAUUCUAUGCAGUGCAUGCAAAUCACAUUAGACAAGUUCGAUAUAUUACACAGAUACAGCUCCAUGAGAACCUUACAACGUGUAGUAGCUUAUAUUACUAGAUUUUUGCAUAACCUAAAAAACAAAAAUCAACGAAUGACUGGUAACUUGACUGCUCAAGAACUCAAGAGUUCCCUAACACUAAUUAUAAAAUUAACUCAAUCUACGGGCUUUCUUAACGAAAAGAAUUGUUUAAAAUCGAAAAAAUCCUUGCCCGGUAAUAGCAACUUGCUUCAACUAUCCCCGUAUUUAGAUGAUCUUGGUAUAAUGCGUAUCAGAGGUCGACUUUCUCUACCUUCAUUGCAUAAUUACCAGCAGCAUCCCAUGCUACUUCCUUCUAAUCACUUUAUCACUACUUUAAUAGUGCGAGAAGAACACGCUCGCUUAAUGCAUGCCGGGGCUCAAGCUACUCUAUACUCUGUUCGUCAAAAUUAUUGGCCCAUAAAUGGUCGAAAUACUGUACGAAAGAUAUUGCAUCAGUGCGUUCGUUGUUUUCGCGCAAAGCCGCGUCUUGCCGAUCACAGCUCUGGCCUUCUGCCCAAAUGUAGAAUUGAGCAAUGCCGUCCAUUUUUAAAGACUGGAAUUGAUUUUUGUGGUCCUUUAUUUAUCAAGGAAAAACGAUUCCGUAAUCGUAACAAAGUCAAAGUAUAUGUAGCCGUUUUUGUAUGUAUGGUCACCAAGGCCGUACAUUUAGAAUUAGUUUGCGACCUCACCAGCGAAGCCUUUAUUGCGAGUUUAAGGCGCUUUUUUGCCAGGCGCGGGAAAUCCGCGGAAAUACACUCCGAUAACGGUACCAAUUUUGUUGGCGCUUGCCGAGAAAUUCAGGAAUUUUUUAACUCUUCUGAAUACCAAAUUGCUCUCGGAAAAUUUCUUAACGACGAACGCAUAACUUGGCAUUUUAUACCUCCGAGAGCUCCUCACUUUGGAGGACUUUGGGAAGCUGCGGUUAAAUCAUUCAAAAAACAUUUAUUACCCACUGUAGGUGAUAAUGUAUUAACAUACGACCAAUUGGAAACAUAUGUAUUUGAGAUAGAAGCAAUAUUAAAUUCCAGACCCUUAUCUCCUAUGUCCUCAGACCCCAAUGACCUUUUACCCUUAACCGCUGGUCAUUUUCUAAUUGGUGGUCCCAUGACUAGCUUGCCUGGCAUCAAUUUUAUCUAUACACCGACGAAUAGGUUGUCUGCUUGGCAACACGCUCAAAAACUAAAGCAGCAUUUCUGGACUCGCUGGAAUAAGGAAUAUCUCAACAACCUAAUUCAACACCCGCACUUAUCCAAGCAAGAAAAUCUUCAGGUUGGUCGAUUAGUGAUGCUUCGAGAAGACAACGUGCCCCCAUUAUCUUGGCCAAUGGGUCGCAUCACCGCAAUCUGCCCAGGAGCCGACAGAGUCGUACGAGUUGUCUACGUGAAGACCAACACCGGUGUAUACAAGCGCUGUGUGAAGAAACUUUGCCCGUUGCCUUUAGAAUAA